AUGGAUGAAAUAUCUCAACUUUUCGCAGAGGAACCCGUGUCACCUCGUCAGCCAUCUUUGGGCGUGGUUAUUCAACAACCGGGCGCCUCAAAACCCGCAGAACAGACCCAGUUGGCUCCUUACUCACUAUCGCCCAGUCUCGCCGACACCUCAUCGGCGUUCAUCAUCAACUGGUUCGAGCAGGUGUGCCCAGCGUGGUCCGGCUUCGACUCGAACGCGAAUCUGAAUCGAAAGAUCGCCAUAGACCUCUGGAGAACGUCCGCCACGGUGUGUAGCUCCCUUGAGAGCAUGUCUGCCGCAUUCCUGGCGUCCCGUCUCCCGAGCAUGAGGCAAUCCGCACUCCGGCUCAUGCAACGAGCAACGGAUUUCAUUCAAGCCGAGCUUCAAGUCGUGAAAGCGCAAGGCGAAUGCCGUUCCGUUCCAACGGGCCUCAUAUUUUCCCUUUUCUGCCUGGGAACGACGGUCUGCUGGGUCGACUCUCGCUUGUACGGGCUACCCUUUUUGAGAGAAGUGAGAUCUCUCAUCCGCCGGCUGAAUACGCAGUCGGCGUCAUUCUCCAGCGCGAACCAGGACAUGCUUUCAUUCUUCAAUAAGAGCUUGGCGUAUUGCGAGAUGCUUCUCUCCGUGGUGCGCGAUGAUGAGCCGCUCGAUCAGGGAGACGCGGAUUUGGCACUUCAAAUUAUCGAGGAGCGCUCACCCCACCCGUGGACCGGUGUCUCUACUCUCACAACACGCCUUUUCGCCGAGUCGAUUCGGCUGUGUCGCAGCGCACGACAUCGACUAAGGCAAGGCAUGGAUCCGCAAAAGUACUUCUCAAAUGCUCUUCAGGACUUGAUAGGAGCCCAGCGUCUGGAGGAGCAGCUAUUGGAGCUUGAGUUCCCGUCGGAAACUCCGGAUGUCGACACGGGUGACAGCUCGACGCCGGUGUCCCACCUCGCCAGAGUUGCCGAAGCCUAUCGACUCUCAUCGCUGUUACACUUGUACCAGACUUUCCCUGACCUGGUCUCCCUACGACUGCCGGCCGAAUCACCAAUGACUGAAAGUGGCUCCGUGCCGUGGGACGAGUGGAUUAUCCCCCUGGCCUUGAGACUCGUCAAGGUCCUCGAACACAUCCCGGCAACUUCGGGUACCCGCGUCAUCCAACCACUGCUGUACAUCUCGGCGAGUACCGGACUUCGCCAUGACGCACCAGCUACGUCUGAUAUGAUGGGUGCCUUCGGGUCCCUGCAGCAAGACUUGAUGGGAGGGACGGGGUCAAACAUGUUCAGCCCUCCACCGCUAUUCGAUUCGCACAAUUUGUCUCAGUACAUUAGUCAGAUGGCAGAGGCUCCGACGCGGGAGGGUUCAAUGUCUAACAUGACACUCGACGUUGGAAGUGCUCGCCACUUUGUCAUGAGGCGUCUGAGUAUCCUGGAGAGCAGCUUACCUCCGACUCCGGUCGUGGUAGCAAAGGAUCUUGUCCAGACUAUUUGGAGGGCGUACGAUAAUGAUAUCGGCUCGCCCACGGUUCACUGGAUUGAUGUGAUGGAAGAUAACGACUUACGUUCAAUGUUUGGGUGA